AUGAAAUUCCUGAUUGUCUUCGCUUGCGUUUUGGCCAUUGCUGCCGCCAACGAAAAUGCCAAUGUCCUUCGCAAUGAUGCUGAAGUUAAUGUGGAAAAUUUCAAAUAUGCCCUCGAAUUGGACAACUCUGUCAACACUCAACAAGAGGGAUCCUUGAAUGGUGAAAACUGGGUUGUUAAGGGCUCCUACAAAUUCACUUCCCCCGAAGGUGAAGAAGUCUCUGUGCAAUACACUGCCGAUGAAAAUGGCUACCAUGUUGAUGCUGCCAAACCUGUGUUGCCAACUCCCCCACCAAUUCCAGCCUAUAUCCUUAAGUCCAUCGAAUAUAUCAAUGCUCACCCCGCUCCUCAAUAG